GGAAUAGGAAAUUGUGAGUGAAUGAUUUUACUGGACAUCCAGUCUGCCUGAUUACUGACCCCAGUGACUGUAUUCUAACCCUAACCGCUUGUGCCUACUAACCCACCUUACCCUGUGAAUUGACAGUGCAGCGAUUCCUGAGAGUCUGAGUGGAUUGAGUAUCGUUGCACCUCUAGCUGUCUAACUUUGUCGUUUAUUGUAUCUGAAAGGGAAGAUGUCUGACGCGGCUGACUCAGGUGAGGGAAAGGUAGAGGUAGUAGUCAAGGAGGAAGAGAAAUCUUCCCCCUCUACUCCUACCCCUCCUCCUCUCACCCCUGCUCAGCGGCGCAAGAGGGAAAUUCAGGAAAAACUGCGAGAGCAACAGGCGUUGCUCGCAGAAGCUGAGAGACAUGAGGCGACAAAAUCGGAGGCUGCAACAGAUGCUUCUUGCAAGGAGUUUCUGCUGCAGCAAGCAGAGAAGACCAUGGCUGAUGAUAGGGUGGCCCAAUGUACAAAGUAUUUGGCUGAGCUUGUGAUUCUGCAGAACAAAAUCACAGCCAGCCACUUCACCGAUUGGGAUGAGAGAAUUCAGCGUUUGGAAACCAGGGUAGGCGACCUGGGGACUCAGCAGUCCAAGAUCCUGGAUUCAAUCCAGAAUCUGACUGCUCAGUUAACAUCAGCCAACCUGAUCACCCCUCUGCUACCUGUGGUCCCCUCUCCAAAACCCAAACAGACUUCUCAGCCUCCUUCACCUCCUUCUUCUCCUCAUACUUCCCACAAGUCAUCUCCCUCUAUCUCCUCCCAGGCUAAAGCCAAACCUCCUCCCACUUUUGCUGCUGUAGUUGCUGGGGAUCAGCGAGGACCCAAGAUCCCUGCACUCAGCAAAUUCAAGGGCGAUGACCCUAAAAUUGAUGUUGGGGACUGGGCAGCAGGAACCCGGGCUUAUUUGAAGGGGUUCCAGUGCCCAGAACAGCAGAAAGUGGCCACCGUUGUGGGGCUGCUGGAGGGCCCAUCCCAGAAAUGGGCUACAUCUACAGCCAGCGUCCAGUCACAGACUUUGGAGGACUGGGCCCUAGCCCUGGGACUGGACAAACUUUUGCAGGCCCUGGAGGACAGGUUUGCAGACAAAGAGCGUGCACAUAAGGCUGCUGACAAGAUUGUACGCCUUGGACAGCAGCGCUACAGUGGCAGUCUGCAGGCCCUCUUUGCUGAGUUUGAGCAACUAACCUCCACCCCUGGCUUGGUUAUGUCUGCUGAUGAUUUGUUGACUAACUUUUGCAGGGCUGCGCCUGAAAAGUUUUCUGCUGCAUUGUACAGCGAAGGGCACAAAAACUGGAGAUCUUUUGGCCGCGCAGCACUGGAUAUGGAGGCUAAGCUCCAUGUCCAGGCCCCUUCCAGUGACCGGAAGAAAGGCGCUUUCCCUCGCGGUGGUAGAAGGGGAAAAGCGGCCUUUGCACAUGCAGGAUCUGCGUCAUCUUCUGAUGCAGGAUCCCUGCCUGUCAAAAAACUGCAUCUGGGCAUGAAAGUGGUGCAACUGCAGCAUGUCAGGAUAGGUGACUCCACUGUACUGACUAUCAGGGAGAAGGUCAGGGGCAUCCCUGUUACCUUCGACAGUGCUGGAAAAGUUAGACAUAGUCUGAACUUCUACAUAUUCCCUGAUCUACCCUUUGACUUGGUUUUCUCUAUGCAGUGGCUGAAAGCCGUCAACCCAAGGAUCGACUGGCAGAUCCCCAAGGUUGAGCUGCCGAACAGCAAGGGGGUGUAUCAGCCAUGCAUGAUUGCUGCUGAACACCACCCUAAGACCUCAUGCUUCUGCCUGAGAGCGAGAGAGUUUUAUGCUCUCUCACGCCAGUAUGACCACGAGCGUCUGUUUAUAGCUCUGGUCAAGCAGACAGAUGCUCCCACUGUUUCCUGUCCUCCUGAGAUACAGCAGGUGGUGGACCAGUAUGCUGAUCUGAUGCGGGAGCCCUUUGGGUUACCCAACCGGCCAACCAAGCAUCACAUUGAGCUGCUGCCUGGAGCGGUCCCUCCCAAGGGCCGCAUCUACAGGAUGUCCCCUGCUGAGCUUGAGGAGCUCAGAAAACAGCUUGAGACCCUGACCAGCAAAGGCUGGAUCAGACCCAACACAUCUGAAUUCGGUGCACCUGUUCUCUUUGUACCCAAAGGUAACGGCGAGUUCAGGAUGUGCAUUGACUACAGGGGUCUCAACAAGAUCACUAGGAAGAGCACUGAGCCACUUCCUAGGAUCGAUGACCUGCUGGACAUGGUCCAGGGAUGUACGAUCUUCAGCAAAGUCGAUCUCAAAUCUGGCUACCACCAGAUUGAGAUGGCAGAGGAGGAUGUCUACAAGACAGCCUUCAAAACCAGAUAUGGUACUUAUGAGUAUCUGGUUAUGCCAUUUGGACUUUGCAAUGCACCUGGCACGUUCCAGAUAGAGAUGCACCGCAUCUUCAGGCCUUACCUGGAUAAGUUUAUGGUUGUCUACCUGGAUGAUAUCCUGAUGGCCUUUGCACGACUCAAACAGGCCUUGACUUGUGCCCCUGUUCUGAAGCUACCUGACCCCACUUUGCCAUUUGUCUUGACCACUGACGCCAAUCAGUAUGGCAUUGGGGCAGUACUUCAGCAGGAUGAUGGGAAUGGUCUGAGACCGGUCGAGUUUAUGAGUAAGAAGAUCAAGACUCAGAAGCUUCAGGACUCUACCUACGAGAAAGAGCUAUAUGCUCUUGUCACUGCCCUAAAACAUUGGAAGCACUUUCUCCUGGGCAGGCACUUCAAGAUCUUCUAUGAUCAUUCCACUUUGCAGUGGUUGAAGUCCCAGGGAGAGUUGAACGACCAGUUGGCACGCUACAUUCAGUUCAUCGACCUGUUUGACUUUGAACUGAAGCACAAGAAGGGCUGCUACAAUAAGGUAGCUGACGCCCUCUCUCGUAGGCCUGAUUCUUUUGCACUGAUCUCCUCUACUUACUCCUUUGGAGAGGAGGUCCGUCAGACCAUUACUUGCUUACUGCCUCAGGAUCUGACCUAUGGACCCAUUGUCAGGAAUCUGCAAGCAGAUCCCAAUUCUGAACCUGGCUAUGCCAUGAGUUCAGAUCUGCUGUACACUUACAGCGGAGGAGAGGAGCAUUUAUGCAUUCCUGAGGAUUAGCAGCUUAGGACACUGCUGAUGUCAGAGUGCCACGAUGCGCGUGGACACUUUGGGUUCUUGAAGUCGUAUGCAGCCCUGUCGC